CCUCUGAUGAUGAUGAACCAUGAUGAUGACUCCCAGAAUGCUCCUCCACACUGAUGAUGCAGUACAUUUUAACUUAACCAUUUUCUUCUGAGACUGACUGGUCCAAGGUCGCACCGGAUUUUGAUGGGUUAGAUGGGCCUGGAAGUGUUUAGACUUUUUGGGCUUCUGGAUGUUGUGUGAGAAGUUAAAUAAGUUAAUGAUCUAAAAAAGUGAAAAUGUAGAAAUGUACACAGUACAUUAAGUAACUGGACUAAAGUUGGAUGGAUGUAUCCUUACAGCAGUGUGUAUGAAACUUAAAAUCAACAAGGAUAUAUUUCUAAAAUUAUGCAAUUUAAAUUGUAAAACUGUUUGAUGCAGUGGGUAAAAUGCAGCGGCAGCAGGAGGGGUGCAUGACUCACGACAGCAGAGGUAGGUUUGCAGGAUUGAAGUAUUCCCCCACGAGCACAAUGACCUAUGACGCAUAAUGAAGCGGCGCGUUUCAUUUCGAAAUAAGGAGUUUUUUGUUUUCCCUUAUGUUGUAAUAUACCAAAAACAAACUUAGACUCUCACAUUCAGUUUGUUCUCGAUACGACAGCUGGCACGUCUCGGUGCAGUGGGCUCGCGAUAGUUUAACAGCACGGGGGCUGCUGAGGGCAGCAAUGCUGGAACGGAACGCGUCCGGUUUCCAUGAUGAAAGCCUCGCGACGAGCUUCGAUGCUGCGGGAGCAGAAGUUUUAAAACUUUAAAAGAUGACUGAUGACUUUGCUUGGUUCGCGCGAGACGGCGAGCCACUGCUACAACCCGUUUGGAAGCUGAUGCGGGAGCAACAAGAGCUCCUGUUGUCGCCUUUCUGGAGCGCGAGCGCUGGCUUCUUGGUACACGUCUUUUUUUCGACACUCUUCAUGGUUUUGGACCUCCUGAGCCCGCACAUAUUAUGCAUCGGUAAAUACAGACUUUCCGGAGAAGCGGUGUCCGUGCGCCAGUGGCUGGCUUGUCUUGCGCAUAUUUCGCUCGGUUACGCGGUGGGUGUUUUGCCCUUAACCGUGCUGGUCCAGGCGGCUCGUGGAAGCAGCUUCCCGGACAAAGAGCUCCCCGCGCCAUCAGUGUUUGUUGCGUUUUCGGAGUGCUUCUCGUGCUUGCUGGUGUUCGACACGCUGUUUUUUAUCGUUCACUAUGCCGUGCACAGAUUUCCAUGGCUGUACAGGACUUUCCAUCAGGCCCACCACACGCACAGGGAUCCGUUCGCCCUGGCCGCGCAGAAGUCCAGUGUGGUGGAGCUGAUGGUGCAGCAGAGCCUAGCACUCAGCACCGCCGCCCUGCUGGGCUGCCACCCAGUCAGUGAGGUGCUCUUCCACCUGGUGAACCUGUGGCUGGCGGCAGAGGACCACUGUGGCUACGACUUCCCCUGGGGGCUACACAGGCUGCUCCCCUGCUUCGGUGGGGCGCCCUUUCAUCACGCUCACCACCUCCACUUCCAGGGGAACUACGCACCAUAUUUCAGACACUGGGACCUGAUCUUUGGGACUCGACUCUACUGAAAGGCCUCUGGUUCUGCUCAGACUGAGAGGAGAACAGCAAACGGGAGCUGAAGCGGAACUUUGCUGACCUGAGUUCUGCAUCCCUUCAGAUGUUGCAGACCAUACAGUUUUAAUGAUAGAAACCUCAUAAUCCUGAACAUCCCUGCCAGGAAUUGCUUGUCACAGGCUAUCACAGCUCUACAAUUCAACUGAUCACCUUCAAUAUGGAUGCAGCCCCAUUUCGGUGAGAGUGUUGGGGACGCGUGUCCAGGCAUGGUGGGCCUUCAGAACACGGGCCCUGGCAUGCUGAAGAAUCCAGUCUAAUCCUCUGUACUCUCGCUUGGUCGUGUUUUGCCUGCGUAUAUCUGUGUUGUGUAUCGGCUUGUCUCUGUCUUCACCCAUUUGUUGUCUUUUUUUGGGGGGGCGGGGGGUCAGAACCUUUUGAAAUUCAAGCAACCGUUUGGACUUUUGUAAACAGUUCAUACACAAUUCAGUGUCUCUCCCAACGUGUUUGUUGUCGAGCAGUACAUACCGGGUCAUCGUCCGUGUGACAGAAACAUCAUAGUGAUUUCUGGAUCUCCUGCGCUGAUCUCAGACACUGAUAGAUGAUGGCAUGACCAGCUAUGAUGACACGCUUGAUUAUUUGGUGUCGGAGGCAUAUCAUUUGAUAUAAUUUGCUAUCGUUGUUUUGAUAUAGAACGUAUGCUAAAUGCCAUAAAUGUAAAUGUAAACGCAUGCUUAUUUUGCGUUUCUUCUAUGUAUGCACAUUGAUUCUUGUAUUUUAGCAGUAUUCUAGCUCAAAGCGGUCUUUGAUUAUAAACUACUGCACUGGCUAGGAUACGUUAUGUGAGUGGAUAACAAGUCACUCUGGAUAUGAGCAUCUGCUAAAUGCCGAAAAUGUAAAAUGUAAAUGUAUACUUUUUUGUAAACUUUUUUAAACCUUCUGAUCUCCAUGUUGGGGACCCGCACUACAGAGCAUAAACUGGUUCAUUUCUGUUGUACUUUGUGGGGAAACAUGUAAAAAUGAUAAAUAAUCACUUUAAUAAGUUUUGUUUGCUAGUUUUUGGUGAAUUUACUUAUUGCUAUUUUAACAUGGUUAGAAAGCCUAAAGUACGGUUUCAUUUCAGCGAAAAGGAUUCCAGCUCUCAGAUAUGCAACACGUGUUUAAAACCACUGUUUGUAACUGUUUGUAACGGCACACAUGGAAGAGAAAGAAACUAUUGAGGAUGCACAUGAUACACGUCAAAGCAGAGGUAUGUGGCUCAUUUGUAUUUAUAUAUUUAAAGUUUUAAAAUAUUGUUCACAUUGAUGUUCAAUUUAGCCUUAGAAAUAAAAAAGACAUUAUU